GCACAGCGCUGAAGCGGAUCCACACAGAUCUGUAGCAGUGUGUCACAGUGUCACAGUUUAACCGGGGAAAGGGAUACUCUCGCGUUUCUAGGCGCAUUACAGCCACCGGCAACGCUAUGCUCCAUUUUUAACUGAAAGACGGAAUAACUGCAAAAAUGACGGUGGAUUUUGAGGAAUGCAUUAAAGAUUCACCCCGAUUCAGGGCGAAUAUCGAUGAAGUCGAGACUGAUGUUGUGGAAAUAGAAGCCAAGUUGGAUAAGCUGGUGAAGCUAUGCAGCGGUGUGAUCGAAGCAGGUCGUGCGUACAUCAGUGCCAAUAAACUCUUCAUCAACGGCAUUCGAGACUUGUCUCACCACUGCAAAAAGGAGGAGAUGAUCUCGGAAUGUCUUGAAAAAUGUGGCGAGAGCCUUCAGGAAAUCGUCAACUAUCACAUGAUCCUGUUUGACCAGGCCCAGAGAUCCGUAAAGCAACAGUUGCACAAUUUUGUGAAGGAGGAUGUUCGAAAGUUUAAAGAGACGAAGAAGCAGUUCGAUAAGGUGCGGGAGGAUAUGGAGAUCGCCCAGGUGAAGAACGCACAGGCACCUCGUAACAAACCGCAUGAGGUAGAGGAGGCCAGCAGCACCCUCAUCACGACCCGGAAGUGCUUCCGGCAUCUCGCCCUGGACUAUGUGUUGCAGAUCAAUGUUCUUCAGGCCAAAAAGAAAUUUGAAAUUUUGGAUUCGAUGCUGUCGUUCAUGCAGGCUCAGUACAGUCUCUUCCAGCAGGGCUUCAACAUCUUAGAUGAGGUCGACCCCUACAUGAAGAAGCUGGCUGCUGAGGUGAGAUACACACACAUCUGCUUCUCCAGGAUCAGCAGCUCAUUAACUCCCGCUCAUUAG